AUGGUGCGUCUGCCCCAGAGGAGCAGCAAUCAGAGCAGAAACGGCUCUGUGGGUCCUCGCAUCCAAGGGCCUCAGACGCGGACUGCCCGGGCCGGCCUCACCGCCGUGCGCUGCUUCGAGGACGAGGGCAGCUGGAGCCUGUCCUUCUCGGGCGCCGGCUUCCUGGGGCUCUACCAUGUGGGCGUGACCCGCUGCCUCAGCGAGCGCGCCCCGCACCUCCUCCGGGGCGCCCGCCGCUUCUACGGCUCCUCGGCCGGGGCGCUCAACGCCGUCGCCUCCCUCGUCGCGGGCAAGACGGUCGAUUUCUGCUGCUCCCGUCUCCUGGGCAUGGUCAAGCAGGUGGAGCAGCUGAGCCUGGGCAUCUUCCACCCCGCCUUCGCACCCAUUGAGCACAUUAGGCAGCAGUUGCAGGACAGCCUGCCUUCCAACAUUCAUAUCCUGGCCUCCCAGAAGCUGGGCAUCUCGCUGACCCGAUGGCCCGAUGGCCACAACAUCAUAGUCACCAACUUCACAACCCGCGAUGAAGUCAUCCAGGCUCUGGUCUGCACCCUAUACUUUCCUUUCUACUGUGGGACAAUUCCCCCCGAAUUCAGAGGGGAGCGCUAUAUCAACAGGGCUCUGAGCAACAACCUGCCCUUUGCAGACUCCUCCUCCACCAUCACUGUGUCCCCUUUCCACGGGACAGUGGACAUCUGCCCCCAAAGCACCUCGGCCAGCAUGCAUGAGCUGAAUGCCUUCAAUGCCAGUUUCCAGCUCUCCAAGAAGAACUUUUUCCUGGGGUUCGUCGCCCUCAUACCCCCCAGCCCUGAGGUCGUAGCAGACAGCUGCAGACAAGGCUACCUGGACGCCCUCAGGUUCCUGGAGAGACGUGGACUUACCAAGGAACCAGUGCUUUGGAUGCUGGUGUCGAGGGAGCCCCCAGCCCCAGCUGAUGGGAGCCAGGAUGCCGGUCAUGACAGAGGCCAGAAGAGGGACCUGUCUCUCAACUGGGGGCCCAGUGUGCUGGUCAAGGAUGUGCCUGACUUUGAGCAGCUCUCACCAGAGAUGGAGGCCGCACUGAAGAAAGCAUGUGUGCGGGACCCUAGCACCUGGGCACGCUUCUGCCGGUCGGGCCUUGGGCGGGCACUGACCUACUUGUUGCUGCCCUACACACUACCCUUCGAGUACGUUUACUUCCGGAGCAGAAGGUUGGUGGCAUGGCUGCCUGAUCUGCCAGCUGACUUGUGGUGGAUGCGGGGCGUGCUGCAGGGGUUGGCCCUCGAGAUCUACUCCAGGUCAAAGGACCAGCUCCUCCGACUGGUCAGCCUGCCCAUUACCAGCCCCCUCCGGCCUGGGGCAGCUCUUCUCGUGAACCUGGCCAAGGAGCCCAGACCUCCCCAUCAGGCCUGA